AUGCAGGCCAAGAAUACGAACAAUGCGAACAUUUCAUUGGAAUCGCCCGUCGAUCACAACGAACACACGGCCAUAGAGUUAACCGGUACGGACAGACCGGGUCUCUUCUCGGAGAUAUCAGCGGCUUUAGCCGAUUUGCAUUGCAAUGUCCACGAGGCUCACGCUUGGAGCCACAACGCCCGUCUGGCUUGCAUCGCCUACGUCUCCGACCACUCGACCCAGACCCCGAUCCAUGACCCAGCCCGCUUGGCCACCAUCGAGGACCACCUGACCAUGGUGCCCCGCGCCACAGACGAUCCAUCCUCCAACGCCACGCACGUGGGUCACAAGGGGAACAACGAGGGCAAGUGGUUUCUUGCGGGGCAAGGUACCACGUGCAUGAACACUAACGUGGAGAGAAGGCUGCAUCAGCUGAUGCUCUCUGUGAGGGACUUUGAAGGGCCGUCGCUGAUGGAGCCUCCGUCCACUUCCGUGUCGCUGCCGCCGGCUAGGAGAAGAGGAUGUGGUCAAAAUAAGAGAAGGAUGGUUUCGAUAGAGAAUAACGAGGAGAGAGGGUAUUCUAUCGUGGCAGUGAAAUGCAAAGACCGGAGAAGGCUAAUGUUCGAUACGGUUUGCACGUUGGUUGACAUGCAGUACUUGAUCUUCCACGCCUCCGUCUAUUCCAAUGGAGCUGAUGCUUUUCAGGAAUACUUUAUUCGGCACGUGGAUGGAUGUGCAUUGAACAAAGAGGGAGAGAAAGAAAGGGUUGUAAAAUGCUUGGAGGCUGCAAUAGAACGUCGAGUUUGCGAGGGAGUUAAGGUGGAGUUAUGCGCCCAGAAUAGGGUAGGCCUACUCUCCGACAUAACUCGAGUUCUUCGAGAGAACGGCUUAACCAUUGUCCGAGCAGACGUGGAAACGCAAGGACAGAAAUCCGUUAACGCUUUCUACGUCCGAGACAUCUCUGGCAACACGAUCGACAUGGAGUUUGUCGAAUCGGUCAAGAAGCAGAUGAGACCGCUUCAUCUCGCGGUUAAAAACGACAAUGAUAACGCAAACACAAACGCUGAUCGCAGACCGCAACGCCACCGCUUCUCCCUCGCCGAGAUCCUGCGGUCGCUGAUGGAAUGUCUGUCUCUCAACUUCGUCCCGACCAAGUGA